UCAGUCAGUCUCCAAAGCAGGCGCUAAAACUAUUGCCACAAGCAAGUUGCUCGUUUUUAGAAGUCGAAAGGCUUACCCACCAGGAGACGGAAAAGCCGGAAAAAAACGAGAAAUGCCAACAAAAAAAAAAAUGAAAGGAAACGCUAAAGCUGGGAGUAUACCGGUGGCAACCGCGACUGUGGUUCGGCGCCAAAUGCCGCCGCGCGCCUGCAAGACCAAGAGCCAGAGCACCGCCAGGCCCAGUCUUACUCCCAGCCGCCAGCAGCCCAGCCGCCUGGCCACGAAGCCCAGCCUGAAGCCGACCACUGGCUCCCAGGCGCCAUCGCAGACCAUCGCUAAGUCGAGGCCCACCGGUCUCGAGACGCAGCAGAAGCGCUGCCUGGAGGUGCGCAACACCUUGGGCGAACGCAGCACCCGGCACAUGAUGGCACUGCGGGCGCUCCGCCCUACUUUGGACAGCGUAAAGCCCUGGGACUCGGACGAUGAAAGCGAGUCGGUCGGAGUCGCUCCCGUAGCUGGUCCCGGAGUCGCUCCCGUAGCUGCUCCCGAAGUCGCUCGCGCUGGAGGAAACGCCGGUACAAAUCAGCCGGCACCAUUCGUGCGGCGCACCAGCAGGAGGCUCAAGAGUCUGCCUCCGUUUUAGAUUGUUGCACCUUCCACCCUCCACCUUCCAUCCACCACCUUCCACCCUCCACCUUCCACCCUCCACCUUCCCGAAUGCAUU